AUGGUUACAAUAGUCUUGAGACAGUCAAAAUCGAGGAUUAAAAUUGAAAAUCAAGGAUAUUUUAUAUCUUCAGGUAGCUACACUGAUUUCAAAAAAAAUUUCCCCGAUCUAGUAAACGAAAUCUUUUGGAAUCCAAAUGCACGAUUCAUAAUCGUGGUUAGUGAUUUAACAAAAAUGAAUUUAGGAAAAGUAUUUGACCUUCUAUUGGAAUAUCACGUUAGCAAUGUUCUGGUCAUGGACGGGAGUGAAGACCCCGUUCUGUAUACGUACAAUCCGUUCGAGAACUACGGAUGUGGACAGCGCUACGACAGGAUAAUCGAGUACGGCAAAUGUUCAAAGUCACAAGAGAACUUAUACCCGCCAAAAUUGGUAACGGGACUUAGAAACUGCACCUUCAAAGCCAUCCUCCCCCACUGGCCUCCAUACUCUAUUAAUCCCGCAAAAAGCGAUGGCUCUAAAUUGCCAGGAAUCGAAGAGGCACUGUUAAGUGAAAUCGGAAAAUUAGAACACUUUCAAAUAAAUUUUACUUAUUCUGACGAUGGCGAAGAAUUUUCUAUGAUAGAAAACGGCGUGAACGCUGUUGGUCCUUUGUAUUUCCUUCAAAAGCGAAAAGCAGAUAUGAUGCUGGGGGGUAUGAUAUUGACCCAUCAGAGAGCCAAAGCAUUUCACUACAUCUGUGAGCAUCUAGCGUAUACCGACGAAAUUGCAUACCAGGUCAAGACAGCUACGGCGGUCGCAUCUUGGAAAAAUACGUACUUAGAAUUCGACGGGACGGUUUGGACAGUAUUCAUUUUCGCCUUUCUCGUUUACUUCCUGAUUUUCAUCAUCUUAGUUCGCCCGAGGGACAAGGGCCGGAUUAUGUUAAAGAUGGUAGGGUACCUAUUCCUCGCCGGAAAUAUAAUUAGGGGCAACUUCUUUACAAGGUACCUUUUUAUUCACUGGGUUUUGUUCGCUUACAUCAUAAACGUUUACUACGUGUCUAAUCUGGUAAGCUUGACGACCAAUCCAUUAAGCAACUAUCAGGUAUCUGAGGAAGAAGACUUGGCAAAGUUCAAUAUGCAACCAUGUGUGAGUCCCGUUAUUAAAGGUUACUUGUCAUCCGUGAAAAUCAAUGAUUCUAUUUGGAAGCAUCAGCGAGAUGGUUGUGACAAUCUAUUAGAAAGUAUUAAUACCGUCCGCCAAUCUGACGAUUUGUAUACAGUGGUGAUACGUUCGUUGUACAAAUAUAACAAAUUCAAUUUCUGUGACGAAUGGGGUGACCAUGAGAUAUAUACAUUCCACAAGCCUCUCACUAAAACAAUAUAUGCCAUUUAUUUGUACAAAGGUUUUCCGAUGCUCGAACAGUUGAACAUGCAAACGCUGCGAAUGAGAGAAAACGGACUCAUCGAAAGGUUUUUAUAUCUUCUUUAUCAUGAACGUCGUGAUAAAUACCACUUUAAGACCAAAAAGGAACGUUAUCAUGUCAAUGUACCAUGGUACAUAUUACUCUUUGGAUAUAUAUUAUCGGCGGUAGUUUUCAUAAUGGAAUUAAUUAUUAAAAAGUUUAAAAAUAAUAAAAGUUUUCGCUUAGAUAUAGUUCCUGCGAUCAAAUAG